AUGCAUUAUCAUGAGCUUCCAGUUUUGCCUUGUGCCCUCUUGUUUGCUUUGCUCCUGAGGUACUUUGUUAGACACAUUAAUCGAAACCCAGUUCUCAAAGUGGGCCCCGUCAUUUUUUUUCCAAGCAUUUCUCGAAGGACGCUCAAUUUAGCCCUCUGUAAAGACCCCCAAUUGCUCGGGUCGAGUCCGAGCGGAAACUAUUAUAAGACCGUGCUCGAAAAUGGCCUCAAUGUUGCUGUCAAGAGACUCGGCCCAUUUUCCUGCGUGUCUUCUGAAGCCCACAGCAAGAAAAAGAUACUGCAAGAGCUCAGUAAACUGGCAUGCCUGAGGCAGAGGAAUUUGAUGAGUUUGAGGGCUUAUGUGUUUGAAUCGGGAGUUUACUCAUUGGCUUUGUUCGAGCAUCAUCGUCGGGCUUCAAUCCACCGGAAUGUUUUCAGAACUCCAGGUACUCUGAUAAAAGCGGACAUCUAUAGCUUUGGGAUGAUAUUGGGUGUUCUAUUAACCGGAAGGGACCCGAACGACACAUCCUUUGGUAGCAUGGGAGAAUGGCUUAGGCAAAUACAGCAAGAAGGUGAAGCUCGAGAAGCACUAGACAAGAGAAUCCUCGAUGGGAAACAAGUCGAACAAGAUGAGAUGCUAAUGGCUUUAAGAAUUGAUGUUGUUUGCCUUUCGGAUUUACCUGCUGAUCGACCCUCUAGCGACGAGCUCCUUUCGAUGCUCACUCAAUUAAAUAGUUUCUGA